ACGCCCCCAAUCACGAUGACGCCUCAAUGCGAUUUAUAUAAUGGCUAUUUCUACGUGACUCCACAAAAUUACACAUGGCAAUUGCAAUGUACAACCAACUACGAGGGCGACAUUGUCUUUGUAGGAGACAGCGUGGGCUUCGGCGCGUGUAUCAACACAUGUAUUGAUCACAAUCGAGCCACCGCGCCAGGAGCUUGUCUUGCAGUGACCUUCAAUGGCCCAAAUGACGGCGCUGUGGGAUCAUGCACCUUGUGGUCGGACAUUUCUAACGUGCUAUUAGCAUAUGAAGAAGGGAACAUACAAGACUCCGCUGUGCUCAUCUUCGGGGCUAAUGGAGAGGCUUUUGCAACACCUCAGGCAGAUCCGAGCUUCUCAGGUGCACCAACGCAGCCACCCACCGUUGUUCCGCUACCUACAAGCACCACAGCUGCAGAUCCCGUCACUUUGUCUAGCCCUAGCCCAGCGACUAGUCCUAGCCUACAAACUAUCCUGACAGUUUUAACGGUGACAACGACGGGAACAUGGGUUGUGUAUAUCACAUCGUGUCCAGCCGGGAUCCAGAAUUGCCUACUAGAGUCUUCGACAUCUGUAACAGCUACUUCAACAUCCACUACGAGUCACUACGACUAUAUACCAUCCACCACUACUACCAUGACUUCCACGUACAUCACCGACGGGGGAUCUCGACCAGCUACAACGGUACCAACAUCAAGGUGGAUUGAAUCGCUUACCCCUUUGACUGUGACGUCUCAAACAAGUACAAAUAGAGCUUCCGGCAGUGUCUUGAUAGACCCCAUUCAAGCGACUUACAGAAAUGUUGUCCAUUACACCGAAUAUAGGAUACAAAUUGUGGAGGUAUGUGCGGCCACUUCGACACCAUGCUCUCGAUCUAGUAUUCAGGCGACAGUGGUUGGAGCUCGGACCGAGGUUUCAUGUUCGCCCGGAUUGUGCUCAGGAUUGCACGUUGCAACAGGCCUGACAGCAAAGGUAGCAGCCACAGGAAUAUGCAUAAGACUUUAG